UUUUGCUCAAUAACUCUGCAAUGAUGAAAUGGCUUCUUGCAACAUCAGCACGCAGAGCUGAAUUCCAGAGCUCGGGGGCGGGGAAGGAGUGCUCAGACACACUGAUCUUAGGAGGAAUACCCCAGAACUGUGUUCGUGGUCAUCCCUCCCAGUACCAGAUCGACACUGUGAAAUGUACAUUGCUUUUCUCGGAUUUCUGAAGAAUUUCUCAGGGUAAACACAGUGGGAAACGACCUGAGGCUCCCUGGUAAAUUGCAAGGAAACUUCUGGCCUAAGUCAGUUGAAAAGAAAAGUUGGAGUCAGCAGAGUUACGAACAAACUGUUCACGAUGUCAAUCAAAAAGGAAGGUGCCCACAAGAAGUGGGCUGCCCUGAAGGAGAAACUCGGAGCCCAGGAGACUGACCAGUCAGAGGCCAACCUGGAAAAUGCAGAGCCGGAGCUGUGCAUCCGUCUCCUGCAAAUGCCAUCGGUGGUGAACUACUCUGGGCUGAAGAAGCGUCUGGAGAACAGCGACGAUGCCUGGAUGGUCCAGUUCCUGGAGCUGUGUGGGCUGGACCUUCUUCUGGAAGCCCUGGACAGGCUGUCUGGGCGAGGAGUGGCCAGGAUAUCCGAUGCUUUGCUUCAGCUCACCUGCAUUAGCUGCGUGCGAGCCGUCAUGAACUCCCACAAAGGCAUCGAAUACAUUGUGAGCAACGAGGGCUAUGUCAGAAAACUCUUCCAAGCACUUGACACAACUAAUGUCAUGGUCAAAAAGCAAAUAUUUGAGCUCCUGGCUGCACUGUGCAUUUACUCAUCAGAUGGCCAUGCUUUGGCUCUGGAUGCCUUGGACCAUUACAAGAGUGUGAAGAACCAGCAGUAUCGAUUCAGCAUCAUAAUGAACGAGCUCUCCAACACAGACAACGUGCCAUACAUGGUGACACUGCUGAGUGCUAUCAAUGCCAUCAUACUGGGGAAAGAAGAGCUAAGAACAAGGACACAAAUCAGAAAUGAAUUCAUAGGGCUUCAGCUGUUGGAUGUUUUAGACAAGCUAAGAGACAUCGAAGAGGAGGAUCUGCUUAUCCAGUGUGAUACAUUUGAGGAGUUCAAGGUAGAAGAUGAUGAGGAAUUAUUAAAGAUGUGUGAUGGCAUAAACAUGAAUGAUCAUCAUGAGGUCUUUUCAUCUCUCUUCAAUAAAGUGAGCCGCUCUCCGGUCUCCAUCCAGCUGCUGUCCAUCCUUCAGAGCCUGCUGCACUUGGAACCAUCUCAUCAGUCCAGCCUCCUGCUGUGGGAGUCCUUGGAUGCUGUAGUGAACAGAGCCCUUUUGCUUGCAAAUGACAUUCAAGGGAACACAGUUGAAGAAGUCAUGGAGAGGUUGCUGUCUACCAAGAAACAUCCAAACAAGCAAAAGCGAGCUGAGAACCGGCUGUCUGGGAGUGCAGCUGGAGGCGCCCAGGGUGAGCCAGAACCAUGUGCACAUGCAGCUCGGAGUCCAGUGGGAUCAUCAAACCCCUCCAAGGCACCGACAACGUCCUCAGGGCCACUUGCCAAUGAAAAGAAGAUCUCAUCCUGCCAGUUCACAGGCUGCUCUGCUUUGCCAGAGAUGUCUAACCCUCCACACAACACUGGUUCCACCCCGGCACCUCCACCCCCGGCACCUCCACCCCCACCCUCUGGCACAGCAGCCAUGAACCCCACAUCCCUGAUGACAAAUACACCUCCAGCCCCUCCACUCCCUGGCGUCCCUCCACCCCCACCCUCGCUGCCAGGAAUGGAGGGUAUUCCCCCUCCUCCUCCACCAUUGCCUGGAAUGGUUGGCAUCCCUCCACCCCCACCCCCAUUUCCUGGCAUGGGUGGUAUCCCACCUCCUCCACCCCCAUUGCCUGGCAUGGGUGGUAUCCCACCUCCUCCACCACCAUUGCCUGGCAUGGUGGGCAUCCCUCCACCCCCACCCCCAUUGCCUGGCACGGGUGGUAUCCCACCUCCUCCACCACCAUUGCCUGGCAUGGGUGGUAUCCCUCCCCCUCCCCCUCCGUUGCCUGGCAUGGGUGGCAUUCCACCCCCUCCACCCCUCCUGCCUGGCAUGGCAGGAGAUCACAUAGAAGCUGUGGUGGCCUCCCAGUUCAGCUGCCCCCUUGGCAUGGGCCGGCCUCCCCACAAGGCAGUGAAGACGCCAACGCUGAGAAUGAAGAAGCUGAACUGGCAGAAGCUGCCCUCCAACGUGGUGAGAGAGGGUCACUCGAUGUGGGCUUCGGUGAGCAGCAGCAGUGAGGAAACUAUAGAGCCCAACUACACCAGCAUAGAGCAGCUGUUUUGCUUUCCACAACCAACCCCCAAGGAGAAGACAGUCACCCCAGUGAAGGCAGAGCCAAAGGAGAUCACAUUUUUGGACUCCAAGAAAAGUCUCAAUUUGAACAUAUUUUUGAAGCAAUUUAAAUGCUCCAAUGAAGAGGUGACUGCCAUGAUCCGGAAUGGAGACCGGACCAAGUUCGACGUUGAGGUUCUGAAGCAGUUGCUGAAGCUGCUUCCUGAAAAGCAUGAGAUAGAAAACCUGAAGGCCUUCAAAGAAGAGAAAUCAAAGCUAGCAAAUGCAGAUCAGUUUUAUCUUCUCCUCCUUCAGAUUCCCAGCUAUCAGCUGCGCAUUGAGUGUAUGCUGAUCUGUGAAGAGACCAUCGUCGUGCUGGACAUGAUUCAGCCUAAAGCUGAAGCCAUCCGGAGAGCCUGCGAAGAUCUUCUGACCAGUCAUCGCCUGCCACUCUUUUGUCAACUGAUUCUCAAAGUUGGAAAUUUCCUGAACUAUGGGAGUCACACAGGCGAUGCCGAUGGGUUUAAGAUCAGCACUUUGCUCAAACUAACAGAAACCAAAGCAAACCAGACCCGCAUCACACUGCUCCACCAUAUUCUAGAGGAAGUAGAAAACAGCCACAAGGACCUACUGGAACUGCCAAAGGAUCUUGAAUAUGUUUCAAAAGCAGCAGGAAUUAAUCUUGAUAUUAUACGCACGGAGUCUGGUACCAAUUUAAAGAAGUUGCUGGAGCUUCAGCGGAAAGUCUUAUCAUCAAAUGAUGAUGUGAAACAACAGUAUGAGAAGCCAAUCCAGGAUAGCAUCGAUGCCUCCAAAAAGCUGGAAGAAGAAUUUGAAACCAUUGAAAGGAAGAGAGAAGAACUUGCAAAUUAUCUCUGUGAAGACCCAAGCAAGUUGUCCUUAGAGGACAUAUUUAGCAUCAUGAAGACCUUCAGAGAUCUCUUCAUCCGAGCUCUGAAGGAAAACAAGGACAGAAAGGAGCAAGCUGCCAAAGCAGAGAAGAGAAAAAAACAGCUGGAAGAGGAAGAGGGGAAGAGACAAAAGGGAGAAAAUGGAAAAGUCAUUAAGAAGGGUUUGGGGAAGCAGGACGAGGUGUGUGUCAUCGAUGCACUGCUGGCCGACAUCAGGAAAGGGUUCACACUGAGAAAGACAAAGAACAGGCACGAGUCGGAUGCAAUUCCUAAACCCUUGUCUGAGGAGAGCCCGGAGGAAAGCCAGUCUGGAAAGAGCACUAAGGAUCCACAAGCAGCAGGAAAGCAGAUCAGUGAUGAGACCAAACAAAACAAGGAUGGUCAUCCCUCAGAAAGCUCUCCCCCCUCAGCCACUGCCCUGACGGAGAUGGGCGGAGGUGUUACAGAUGCUUCACCUUCAAACCAGGUGUUACCUAAAAACAGCACUGGAGGAAGUUUGCCGUUUGACUCCCAGACCGAAAGUCCAUCUGUGAGCUUGGUGGAAGCUGAUGGGGCUGGUCAGCUCAUGCCUGGCACUGGGAUGGAGCAGACAGACAACUGGGCAAGCCUCCAGCCAAGCACAAAGGGCAGCUCCCUUGCCUUCUCUUUGGCUGACACAGGCUCAAGGAUAAGCUUUGUGAGCAGCAGUUCAGCCACUGCUCUGAGAGACCAGCUCAGCUGGACUAAUGGGUCCCUCUCAGAAGGCCAGGACAAGGAAUGUCCAUCUGAUGGCUCAGAGAGCUACAGGCUGGCACAGGAGCCAGAACCCCAGCUGAGCAAGACCAGGACGGACCCCGGCAGCGCUCAGUCUGCUCCCUGCAAUGAGGCUCAUCAGGCAGAGUCAAAAGAGAUGACAAAAGAAAAUGAAGACCCUGGUACAGACUCGCUGUUGGACACCUCUCAGGAGAAGUCCUUCUCAGAGGAGCCAGCCACUGACUCCUCUUGUUCAGCAACACUUACUCCAGAGCAAACUCACACCGACAGGGAAAAGCAGAGGCCACCUGGGAAACGGAAGAAGAAGAAGAGGCACAGCAAAAGCUACUCAGAGGUUGAGAGUGAUACUGGAGAUAAUAAAACAAAAAAAGGUUGUGUGACACAAUGAGGUGUCACAGCAAGGCAGAAGGUAUAAGAGGGACCAAGUGAACCACUCUCAUGUCCCUGGAGUGCUGCCAGCUUGUCAGAAACGAGGUUCUGCAUCAACGAAAUGCCACCAUGGACACCUUCUGCCCCACCUAGAUGCACCACUUCUCCUCCUGCAGCCUUUCCCUCCCCUCCCGAGGACCUAAAGAGCCUCCUCAGAGACUUUGGACCCCUCAGCCCAUGCCUUACACUAGGCAUCUGGGAAAUGGGGGACAGUUCUGCACAUGGCAGCAGUGAAAGGGUCAGACCUGUCAUCCACCAUCCUGGAAGCUGAGUCUUUCAACCUGCUCUUAGGCCAAACUCUUCUUGAAAUGACAGCUGAGUGUGGCCUAAGAACGGACUGCAGUGUUUAGCCCUCAGAGAAACGUUAAAAAUAGCAGUGCCUCAACUAAAUUAAGGGUAUAAAUUAAGCAGUGGCUGUACCACCACAGGUGGAAGUGUGUUAACUCCCUCCUCUCAUCGCCCACUGACGAUUUAUAUUGGAUCAGGUCCAAGACCCAGAUGAGACAAAUGUAUUUUUACUCUCAGUCAUUUAAAGCAAGGGAAAUCAGUUACAGGGAGAAAAAAAAACAUGUAAAAGAAAAAAGAUAUGUUUUAGUAGGCAUAUGGCCAUCUAAACAGUGUCUGGUUCCUACAUGAUACUUAUGUGCAAUUAAGUUGAAGCACGUCAGUAGUCUUAAGUAGUCUUGUCACACACACUGAUGUGUCCAUCAACUUUUGGAGAACCAGGGGCCUAGUUUCUCUUAUUAAAGCAACAGGAAGAUGUUUUCCAGAGUGCUCUGCCAGACACAUUUUCAGCUUAUCCCUUAGUAAAUCUCUGGGUUUGACUUCUGUUGUCAGCUGCUUGCACUCAAGAGUCUAUGUCCAAACUGCAGAACAUUUUGAGUCAUGUUACUUUGGCUUUAAAACUGGGACUGUGCAGUAUUGUGUUUUCAAAAUACAGAGCUUUAUUUCUCAAGUUUUGUAAUAACACUGUAUCAUAGUUUUGUACAUAUCUGUCCAUUUUAAAUGAUCUAUGUUUGUUGAACUAUAGUGUGAUACUGUGCUGAAACAUGAAUCAAGUGGAAGAGCUCGGUACAUUUCAGAACUAUUCUUUUAUAUUGCAACUCACUGUGGCUAGACUAAUGUGCAGGCUUUGCUCAAUAGGACUUGUAAUGUCCUUGUAACGCUGGAAACUUAGAAAUGAAACCAAGAAUUAAAUGACUGAUUUGCUUUAACCAAAGCAUCGCUAUGAGCAUACUGAGAAUUGGUCAACAAAAGCAGAGAUGAAUUGGGAGCAGACACAUGGGCAGAUUCAGUGCAGGAGAACCUGCAGAGCAGCACAACCCCAUUGCAGCAGAAAACCCACUCCUGCUGGCAGAAACAGGCAUACUCCCACUAUUCCCUGCAGAACCAUGGCACUCACUCCAGGUUUGACUUGCAGGAUUGUCUCCAUCACAUUUACACGUUUCCACUUUUUUCCCCUCUUUUCCAGUCUCAGAGCACAUCACUCAAGCAUCAUCCUUUUGCUCUUCAAUCUAGCUCCUCUGCUCUCAGACUAGACCCCAGGCUACAAAAAUCUGAGUAUGAAAUGCAUUUUCCCAGCAGCUUUGCAACCUCCAGGUUUCCAGCAAGAGCCUGCAGCCCAGGCUAGCAGUGCAUAGCCAGCCUCCUCCUCACCACCCCACUGGUUUAUCAAACAGGAACAACAUCAUUUGGAGAUGCAGGACUGGGGAACAAACAGAUUUUUGUGUAACAAAGAGGUUUUUAGUCUAUGUAACAACACAGGUUUUCUGUGUUACCUAGGGAACCUUGCCUGCUGAUGGACUCAAAAGCUGCUUGCUUCAGAUGCUGCAGCAUGUGUCCAUUUCUCCACCUGGAUCUUUCGGCUUCCCCCACCCAUUUCCACUCAGAGAGAGCUACUCAUUUCCACAGCCAGUUUUUAUUGCUCUGUGUUCUUACCUUGGCCUUCAAAGAGAGAAUGUUUGGCAUUAUUUUCCCACUGCUUUUAAGAGUUUACAGAGAAAUGGGUAAUUUUGAGCCACUGGAGGCUCUUUGUUCAACAGUCAUCUGUGAAAACUGUAUUAAAUUAUCUAUUCAGUCACAUCCCAAUAAGCAGACUCAAGCACAGUAUUUAUAAUUUAUUACUCCAGAGCAGCUCUGCUUCCAUUACAGUGGUUAUUUAAGAAAAGCAGGGGAACAGAAUCAGAGCAGGCCAAAGAGUGAUGCUCAACUGAGAUGUGCAGUUUUACUCCAUUUGUGAGCUUGAAAUAAAGCUCAUAAUCCUGAAGAUUUUUCAGUGGUUGCAAGGCCAAAUUAAUUGCCCAUAAAAGAAAAAAUCGCUCAUAGCUACUUUAACAGGACUGUGGUCAUUUAAGCCAACAGUGAGUUUGGACCUCAAAAAAGAAUUCUUGUGGUAUAUUACAACAACUGCACAUGGACUCUAGUACAUAAACCAGGCUGUGACCACCACAAGCUUCUUGCUGCCAAAUAAAUGCAUAUUCCUUAAUUAAGCAUUGGCUAUGAGAUAAAAUGAAAGUAUGAGAGGAAUCAACAAAAGUCUUUUCCAAGUAUUUGACAUCAAAAAUUAGAUAUGUUUAAUGAAAUGGAUUUUCAGUGUUAGUUUUUGGGGACUUUUGGUUGUUCAUUUGUUGUUUUUUUAUUUCAAUACUGAAAAUAUUUCAAAGUUAAGAAUAAAAUAAGUACUUGAUGAGU